AUGGCCGCCCUCUUGGAGCUCAUCCCCCGUCCGGCCGUGGACCACGACGCCCUCGCCGAGAAGCUGGGCUCCGCCAGCGGCAACUCUGCUCGCGUCCGCCUCGCCGCCGCCAUCACCAAGCACAGCUGGUUCGCCGGAGCCGCUGGUGCUGCCACCACCAACGAGGACGGCACCCCCACCAAGAAGCCCCGCGCCAAGCGCACCCCGAAGAAGAAGGCACCCUCCGACGAAGAGGAAGGCGACGCCCAGGAGCAGGAGACUCCGUCCAAGAAGAAGCCCCGCGUCAGCAAGGCCAAGGUUGAGGAGGACGUUCACGAUGAGGCUGUCCAGCUGGAGGAGCCUGUCAAGCAGGAGGAGGGCAACAAUGCUGCCGAGGCUGAGAUCUGA